UCCUCGUUCUGCUGUUUGACUUGUUUCUCAGCAACAAAACAUUGCAACGAAAAGAAAAGAACAAAGAAUUUUUCUGAUUGUUAGGUUUGAUUGCAGAUGAAUUGAGCGAAAAUGUUUAAGAACACAUUCCAGUCAGGGUUUCUAUCAAUUCUAUACAGCCUCGGGAGCAAGCCUUUGCAAAUUUGGGAUAAAGAAGUUGUCAAUGGCCAGAUAAAACGAACUCAAGAUGAAGAUAUACACUCCAAUGUCCUUGAAAUAGUUGGGUUAAAUGUCCAAUCCAUAUACAUUACAUGCCCAGCAGAUCCUGUUGCAACACUUGGUAUAAAGCUACCAGUCUUGGUUAUGAUUGUAAAGAAUCUAAAGAAAUAUUUCACGCUUGAGAUUCAAGUGCUGGAUGAUAAGAAUGUCAGGCGACGUUUUUGCGCUUCUAAUUUUCAAGCUGUGACUCGAGUGAAGCCAUAUAUAUGCACUAUGCCAUUGAGGAUGGAUGAGGGAUGGAAUACGAUCCAGUUGAAUCUUGCUGAUUUUACCAGAAGAGCAUAUGGAACCAACUAUGUUGAGACAUUGCGAGUUAAGGUUCAUGCAAAUUGCCGGCUGAGAAGGAUUUAUUUCUCUGACCGCCUUUACUCAGAAGAGGAACUCCCACCAGAAUUCAAACUGUAUCUCCCAAUGCAGAAAGCAUGAUGAGUCUCAGCAAAACAAUCACUUUUGGAAGAGCUGGCCAUGGUUGAUAUUCAUGUUUUGUGCAUUUCCUUUGAGUCAGUCAACUGGUUAUAUCCAAACUGCUCUCUGUGACUUCAGAAAACAUGAAUCGCUUUUGCUGCAGAAAGCAUGAUGAGUCUCGGCAUAACAAUCACUUUUGGAAGAGCUGGCCAUGGUUGAUAUUCAUGUUUUGUGCAUUUCCUUAGAGCCAGCCAACUGGUUAUAUCCAAACUGCUCUCUGUGACUUCAGAAAACAUACAGUAAUGUAUCAAACCCCUAGAUCCAUUUUGUGGUGGUUAAAAAAAGUUUAUGUUCAGCAGCUUAUUUGACAGCAGGGAAUGGGAAGAUGGAACCCAGACUAAAGUACUGUAGCUAUUUUUCUAGAUCCCAUAACCUGUACCUCUUAUUUAUACCAUCUACUUACGAGUUCUUCGAUAUAUUGUUUUGAUAUUAGUGGCUUC